AUGGCGCUAGCACGAAAUCGCCAUCACCCGCGCCACACUCACCCCGGGCCUCCGCCUCCGCACAGCUCGGCGGCAACUGGGAAAGAGAGCGUACAUGCUCGCAGGACGAUAUUUAAGGAGCCUCAGGACCCCUGCGCGCAUGUGCACAUCCUCCAAAGGAAGGGGUGGCCCUUCCAGUGCCAGGCUCCGGCGGUGUCUGUUUCCGGAUUGAGAGGGUUCAGAAGCCGAGAUAACUGCGAUUCUUCCGUCUCUGCCGGGUCAGGCAUUGGCGCGCGCAACAGGCACCGCGCGGACAGCCCCAUGACGUCACCCACGUCGGGGAUGGGGCCGAUGCAGAUCCCGAAAGGUUGUCUACGGUGCACGAGAAGGAUCGAACUGCCUGCGUUUGCGUGCCGAUGGCCGGGAGCUGGAGGCCUGAGCGGAGACAGGAGGAAACGGAGAUGCCGGGGCCCGGUUGAGCAGCCGCAGCCGGUUUGUCAGUGUGUCCGCUCGUCUUCUCCUCCAAGAUCCAGUCCGAGAGCGCUAGGGCCCAAGCGGCGGCCGGAACUGCGCACCCACAUGGACGCGCCCAAGGACCCCGAGGGUCCACACUCCCCAGGAGAUGCUGACCCUCUGGAAACUGCAAGAGAAGCCCCCAGAAGGCUUUCAAGAGAACAGCUUUUUACACUGAUAUCCGCAGCAUCCAUUAACUUGGGUUCCAGUAUGUGCUAUUCUAUUCUUGGACCCUUUUUUCCCAAGGAGGCUGAAAAGAAAGGAGCCAGCAAUACAGUUAUUGGUAUGAUCUUUGGAUGCUAUGCUUUGUUUGACUUGCUGGCAUCCUUGGUAUUUGGAAAAUAUCUUGUACAUAUUGGAGCAAAAUUUAUGUUUAUAGCAGGAAUGUUUGUCUCAGGAGGAGUUACAAUUCUCUUUGGUGUGUUGGACCAAGUUCCAGCAGGACCACCAUUCAUUGCUAUGUGUUUUCUAGUGAGAGUGGCAGACGCAGUAAGCUUUGCUGCAGCGAUAACUGCGUCAUUUUCUAUCCUCGCUAAGGCUUUUCCAAAUAAUGUGGCCACGGUGUUGGGAAGUCUUGAGAUUUUUUCUGGACUCGGACUAGUACUAGGACCUCCUCUAGGCGGUUUUUUGUAUCAAACUUUUGGCUAUGAGAUGCCCUUUAUUUUCCUGGGAUGCAUAGUUCUGCUGAUGGUACCCCUCAACAUGUAUAUUUUACCUAAUUAUGACGCUGAUCCCAGUGAGCACUCAUUCUGGAAACUCAUCACUUUGCCCAAGGUUGCCCUUAUAGCCUUUGUCAUCAAUUCACUCAGCGCGGGGUUUGGCUUCCUGGACCCUACUCUGUCUCUCUUUGUCUUAGAGAAGUUUAAUUUACCAGCUGGAUAUGUGGGACUGGUGUUCCUGGGUCUGGCACUAUGUUAUGCUAUUUCUUCACCACUGUUAGGUCUACUAAGUGAUAAAAUGCCAUAUCUAAGGAAAUGGCUUCUGGUCUUUGGAAACUUAAUCACAGCGGGGUGCUACAUGCUCUUAGGACCGGUUCCACUCUUGCACAUUAAAAGUCAGCUCUGGAUGCUGGUGCUGGUAUUGGUUGUGAUCGGCAUCUCUACUGGGAUGAGUAUAAUUCCAACUUUCCCGGAGCUACUCAGUUGUGCAUAUGAAAAUGGAUUUGAGGAAGGAUUGAGUACUUUGGGACUCGUCUCAGGUCUCUUUGGUGCAAUAUGGUCAGUUGGUGCUUUUUUAGGACCUACACUGGGUGGAUUUCUGUAUGAAAAAAUUGGUUUUGAAUGGGCUGCAGCUAUACAAGGUCUGUUGCCUCUGACAAGUGGAUUAGCAAUGGGCUUAUAUUAUCUACUGGAGCACUCAAGAAGAAGACCUAUACCUCAAGACAUUCUUGGUACAGAGGAGGAACGAACUACCCUCUUGCCUAAUGAAAUCUAA